UUGGUUUGUAGUUGGUAAUUUGUUUUAGACCCUUCCAGACAGAGGCGGCGUUACCAUCUGAGAAUUGAUAUUGCAGUUUCUCAGAGUAGUGAUGUUUUGCCCUCCUGAAAGCUGCCUCAAACUUAUACCUGGCGUCUCUAAACCUGCUCUUAUCUCCCCUCCGCCAGGCAUCCUCCUUCUCCAACCUCAGUCUUCUGAGUUGGGCAGUGAACCAGGGUUUGUCAUUAUUAUAACUAACCCUGGUUCGAGUUGGAACACACGCUUCCUCACAGUAGCUGACGAAUGACGUCACAGUAUCGGUGUACGCAUCGAAGUUGUUACCAGCCUCAGCCCCCGCCCACUCCACAUAGCCCAUAUCGCAGCCAGCUCGCUCUAACCAUGCGCUGGUUCUUUCCUUAGCCUCGCUAUUCCAUAUACUGUACGUCUUAACUACAGGUUUUGACAUUUUUAGCCUCUGCCUGUAGGAUGGGAUCAGGUGGACCAUGUCAGAUUUACCCAACGCAGCACGGGAAACCGCGUGGUAUGCGUUCCUGAUGGUACAAUAGCAGUGGUCAAGCGUCCUCUCCCCCCGAGUGGGGCAUUUGACCUGCUGCCGAUAUUUAGGUAGAGCCCGGCUCAGAUUGGCUUUGUUAAAGUCCCCUAACACGAUCACAGCACUGUCCGGGUAUAUACGUUCAACAUCCAUUAUAUACUCGGCUAGUGCACUCUGUGCCUCAUCGACAGCCGCGUCGGGUGGAAUAUAAACACAAGCAAGAAUAAAGGAGCUGAACUCACGGGCAGACCUUUCCGGACGAAAGUGUGUCCCUGACGGCUCGGUGCAGCUGAAAACCCUCCAGCUGUACUGCUGCGUCUGGGACGUCCUCGGAAAGCCAGAAAUAUUCCUGGGAGUGGAGUACGAGAGCCGCGUUUACGCAGUCUGGCGAGAGCGCCAGCUCUCUUCCCCCGCUGGCGUCUAGCCCACCUCACAGCCUGGGUGAAGACCGCGGUUCCUCUGACCAGGAUAUCAAGUACAUCCGUAGAUCGGAAAACACAGGAGAUGUGUACUGUACCACAGUCCACCCCUAAAAAGGACUCCGCCGGACCAGGAUCAUCCAAGGACUCAACUGAGUGUUCUGGUGCACUGAAGAUGUUCAUCUCCACUCCAGAACAGGCUUCGCCACGCCCACAGAAACUGCGUUCUUCAUCUGGUUUCUAUUUUGCCUUCAGUCCUCUCAGAAAUUGGAGGUCAAUUGAGGUGACCCACAGUGCAGCAUCAGGCCAGCCGAAGGAAAUCCAAAUGCCAUCAGCACUAGCUCACCGGCAAUAGACAUCUGUUGUCCACUACACAAUUGAAACAGUAGAUAUAUUUGCAUAUUCAUUUGAAUUUUGUAGUUUCUAAAUGAGGAAAAAACAGUAGCUGAAGAUGACAACCCACUGGAUCAGAGUAUGAGCUCAAUUGAGGCCUCUCCAAGUCAUCCAGUUGACAGGAACUUUGUUCCACUAUUCAGCACAUCAAGCUCCUCCAGCUCUGACAUACCUGACAUACUCUCGGCUGCAGGAACCAAGAACUGGUCAGAAAAAAAAAGGAUAGUCAACGAGUCCAAGCUAAUGCAGCUCUUCACAACAUGCCACCAGUGUGGAGUUUUAAUUGAAGAGGAAGACAAGAAAGUGACCACUAGUUGGACCCGCAUACACAUCAAGUGGAGCUGUAUGAAAGGACACUCAGGUGAAUGGGAGUCAUGUUCUAAACGGCGUGGAAUGCCCGAAAACAACCUGUUGGUUGUCUCAUCCAUCCUGUUCACAGGUUCAACUUUCACAGAAAUCUUUGAUUGGGCUGAACUACUGAAUCUCCAAAUUCCAAAGAAGACUACAUUUUACUCCCUGCAAUCCACCUACCUCAUACCUGUAAUUGAGUAUGCAUACCGUGACCAUCACGAAGAUAUAAUGAGCAAUCUACAACUACAGACAGUUGGUGGAGGGAUUUCAAUCUGCGGUGAUGGUCGUUCUGAUUCACCUGGAUUUAGUGCCAAGUACACUACACACAGUUUCAUGAGUAAUGAAACACAGGAAAUCAUCAUGGUGGAUUUAGUUCAGGUUACAGAGGCGCCUAGUUCACCAGCCAUGGAGACCCUGGGGUUUCGAAGGGGUCUGGACCGUUUGCUUCAGGCAGGAGUUAGAGUGGAUGUCAUCACUACAGACCGCUCUCCUUCUAUCAGGAAGCUUAUGAGAGAGACCUAUUCUGACAUCCAGCAUCAGUUUGACCCUUGGCAUGUUGCAAAAGGACUGACGAAAAAGUUGACUGCGGCUGCAAACAACAAAAAAAACAACGAUCUGCAGCCUUGGCUAAAGGCUAUUACUAAUCACCUGUGGUGGUCUUGCCAGUCAUGCGGGGGUCAUGCAGAGGAGUUGAAACGCCGCUGGACGUCCGUUCUCCAUCACAUUUGUGGCAUACAUCGCUGGGAGGAAGACGGACAGGAGAGGACUUGCUACCACCGGGACCUCACUGAAGAGCAGCAGAGAAGGAAGAAAUGGCUGCAAACCGACUCUACUGCAUUCAAGACACUGUCAGACCACGUACUGAACAAGAACCUGUUGAAAGACCUCAACCACAUGACUCUCUUCCAACAUACAGAGACAUGGCUCAACGAUCGAGUCCCGGAUGCGGCCAUUCAGCUAGACGGACUAACCUCGGAUCGAGCCGACAGGGACUCAUCACUGUGCGGCAAGACCCGAGGUGGCGGACUGUGUGUUUUCAUCAACACUGACUGGUGCAACAACUCUGCCCUAGUCUCAAAGUACUGUUCAUCGCUGGUGGAAUACGUGGUUGUGGGAUGUAGACCCUUUUAUUUGCCAUGAGAGAUCUCCAAAACACUCACCCAGAAGGACUGCUCAUUGUCGCUGGAGAUUUCAACCAUGCAAAUCUCAAAACUGUGCUUCCUAAAUUUCAUCAACAUGUGGAUUUUGCGACGAGAGGGGCGAGCAUGCUGGAUCUUGUUAACACCAACGUAACCGGUGCGUACCGGGCUGAGCCACGCCCCCACCUCGGAUACUCGGAUCACAUCUCCGUCAAGCUGAUCCCAGCAUACAGACCGCUCGUCAGACGCUCCAGACCAGCCAAGAAACAGGUGAAAACCUGGCCAGCAGGAGCCAUCUCUGCCCUCCAGGACUGUUUUGAGUGCACCGACUGGCAUAUGUUUAGGGAAGCAGCAACUAUCGACGGCUUCAUUGACCUGGAGGAGUACACAGCAUCAGUUACUGGUUACAUCAGUAAGUGCCAUUGGCGGCUCGCCUAUACACUAAUCCGGCGAAACAGGAAGUAAAGUAGCGCCGCCAUUGCUGAGUUGCUGGAAUCACGUGACUGGCCGUGUUUUGCUAAGGAAGUAGGUGUUGGUCCCCGUAGGCGGUUGUUGCUGAUGCGAUAAGUUUCUCCUUUUUCUUUCGGGUUUUUUAGUGCAUAAGCUGUCCAAUUAUGCCGGGAAGAACAUGUUGUGUGGUCGGCUGUUUUAACAACAGUGUGAAAAUACAGGCUUGGCUUAAAGCCGCUUGUGAAAUUCACAAACCUUUGCUCCACGUUGACUGCCCAUGUAUACGGCCUUAUGGAUUGCAUCGAAUUCCUGGUCGAGCGGAGGACCAAGAUGUGCGUCAAAAGUGGAUGAAAUACAUUAACCGAGAUGGCUUCCAGCCAAACAAGAACACUUGGGUAAGUUUGGCUCUGACUGUCCAAUCUGUUAAUGCCACAGGUUGCAUGCAGUGGGUGUAACAUACAGUGAAACAGCGCUAGCUAAGUUUGCUAGCAAUAUCGAUAGCCACAGGCGAAAACAAAGCAGAAGCUUUUUAACGUCAAUGUUUGACGUUAAAUAAGAGAAAGUGCAGAGUGCUAUAGUAUUUAAAGUGCUGUCUUGUUCACACUUAUUUGAGAAGUACUUUUACAACCAAUGUAUUGCUCAUUAUGUAUUUAUCUUCAUCACUCUAAGGUUUGUGGGAUACAUUUUCCUGACGGACGACCCACAAGAGAAAACCCCUAUCCUGUGUUGAUCAUGGGUUAUGAAUGUCAUGUAACACCAGCUAGACCUCCCCCCAAAAGAAGAUGUCUUCAGCCAUUGCACCUGAACUCAACUACUGAACCUGAAGCUAUUGAAACAGAUGUGGAUGUUGGGAAUUUGGAGAAUAUGCCUCUGCAGAAUUGUGAUGUCGGAACCCAGUGGCCAGAUCUAUGUGAUCACAACUACAGUUUCAGCAGCGGUAACAAUCGGCUGAAGGACUGUGGCACUCAAACGGAUCCAACACCGUCAGUAUCAGCACAUGAUUUAAACAAGAAAGACUUUAUAUUUUAUACAGGUUUAUGUGCUGACAGUUUCUGGCAACUUUUGCUAGCCUUGUUGACUUUUUGCUCACAACCACUUAAUACCAAAUUGGCCGUCCAUCAACAGCUUUUGCUUGUUUUAAUGAGACUCCGUUUGAGUUUAUUGUUUACUGACUUGGGUAAACGAUUUGGGGUGAGUAGAAGCACGGCAUCUGAAAUAUUUACAUUUUGGAGACCAAUCCUUGCCAGCUUUAUGAGGAAAAAGGUGAUUGCUUGGUUGCCCAGGGAUACGCUGAACAGAAUCAGGCCCAAGUCAUUUCACCAAAAUUAUCCUAAAGCUACAUGCAUCAUUGACUGUACUGAGGUCUUCGUACAAAGGCCACGGAAUUUAAGAAAAAGAUCACAAACUUAUAGUAAUUACAAACAUCAUAACACAUAUAAACUCCUAUACUGUAUUGCCCCCAAUGGCUAUGUCAUGUUUGUAUCAAAACUUUUUGGUGGAAGGGCCAGUGAUAAUUUCAUAACAAAGAACAGUGGUUUUGUUCAUCACCUGAUCCCUGGUGAUGAGAUUUUAGCAGAUCGCGGAUUCACCAUCAUGGAUAUAUUGCCUCCAGGAGUGAGUCUAGCUCUUCCUGCAUUCACACGUGGACGUAAGGAGCUGUCUGAACAUGAGGUGACAUCCACGCGACGCCUCGCGAAUGUCAGAAUUCACAUUGAGCGAGCAAUUCGAAGGCUGAAAAAUUUUAAGAUUUUGUGUAAUGUUAUGUGUGGUAGGGUGCAAAGUGUUGAUGAGAUUGUAAGUAUUUGUGCAGGGUUAUGUAAUUUGCAACCUCAGUUAAUCCGUAACAGUACUGAAUGAAGAAGAAACACCUGAACUGUGUACAGUAUACCAAAUAUCAAUUUGUAUUUCAACAGAAAAAUCAACAGAGCAAACAACAGUUUCAGACAACAAUGUAAUUAGUUAAAAUGUACAGGUUUAAACUGUGAACAAAUGUCAAACUCUUUAUGUGUAUUACCGGUAAGUUGUCAUGUGAAAGCACAUUAAAGAGCACAUUAUAGAGCACAUAUGUAUAUGUAUAUAUAUGUGUAUGUGUGUAUAUGUGUGUGCAUGUGUAUAUGUAUAUAUAUAUGUUUACAUUUAUUUAUUUAUAUUUAUAUUUAUCCUCUCUAGUUCUCUACAUUUAUCUUUUAUUUUACUUGAAUCCUGUUUUACUUCUAUUAUUAUCUCUACUUUCUAUAUUAGCUAAGGGUUUAUUGUUUACUGUUUUUGUUUACUUUUUAUAGUUACCGUAGUUAGUUAAGUUCAUUGUUUAUCUUAUAUUAUUAUAAUUAUUGUUUACUGUUUAUUUUACUUUUUAUAGUUAUCUAAGAGUGUAUUGUUUAUCUUAUAUUGUAUAUAAUUUAAUAUUGUGUUGUGUUUCUUUCUGUAAACUACUGGACAAUCAAUUUCCUUGAGGGAGUCAUCCCAAAAGGAUCGAUAAAGCCUAAUCUAAUCUCUAAAGUGUAAUAGCUACUUGAGCCCACAAACUUUCAUGACCCCGUGUGCAAUUCUUGUUGCUACUGCUGGUAGCAGAUGCUGAAAGUACACCCUCUUCAGGUGGCAGAUUUUGUUCAUUGUCCACUCUUCGUUGUAGGGUACAUCCACGAUCACAUUUUCAUUUGGGGUCCACACCAUAAAUUUACAAUUCCUUUUUUUUGCACAGUGCAUUGCCACCUGGACCUGAUAGUAGUACCCUAACCCAGAUGCUGUUUCCCUCAGAAUGUACUUUCCAUCACUCAAUCUAACAUCGUAUUUGUUGGAAUCUAUCAUUUUUAGUAGACUGCCACCAUGUGCUUCAAGCUUCUUUGCUGUGGGACACUUAAUCUCUAGAAUAGUAUCUCUGUCUGUAUCUGUGAUUAUGCCAUCGAGACUGGCACCAAGCCAAUUUUCUUGAUCAUGCACAACCAGGCCUGUAGUCUCCACUGUAAACCCUGUUGUCUGCUCGAAACAUUGUCUAGCCAAAGGCUCAGCUUGUUGACCGUACCUAGUAGCCUCAUUUCCAGAAAACCUUGUGUUCAGUUUUCUUUCAACCCAGUUUGUUGGGUCUGCCUUUUUUGGUACCUCAGAUGCCUCACUACUGGUGAUUCUUACUUGUCUUUGGUCCAGCCACAGCUGACUAUUCUGGCCCUUGGUCUCCGUUUCUAAUCUCUGCCUGUCCUGUUCCCCACAUUUUAUAUAAGUUUCAAAUAUUGUGUUGCAAAGGGUGCAUUUUUGUUCUCCACACAUUGUAUGCUCAAUAGGUGGACCUAUUGCAGUGUGUGCAGUCUGUGGCUGAGCAGUAAACACAUGAUUCAAAAUGGUUCCAGGAAUCAUACAUAACCCAACCAUGUCUGGUGCUGACAAAUGUGCAAUAACCUGUUCAUCUGUCUCAAAUGCAGUAGAAAUUACACUCAUACAUUUUCUGGGACCUGUUUGCAUAUUUUCCACAGUCUCUGGAACUACAUUGUCACAGGUAGACCGGUUCCAGGCACAUGCUGUGUCUGUGCAGGCCAGGCCUGUGAAUCCUCUUGCUGUUGCAUCUUUAAUUUUGUACAGUAGUCCUGCUGUAUGGCUACAACACUUCCCUCGGCCGGCCACGCAGUCACACACACAUUCAAGAAUUUUGCCAUCUUCUCUCUGUAUGGUUACUGAUACCUUAUGGUACGAGUUCACUGCCUGUGAAAACCUCACGACACAUUUUAACAUGAUGAGCUGAUCUGCGAUGACGUGUAGUAUCUGGCCAAUCCAUCCGGAGCUCAAAUAAUUCUGACCUUCAAUCAGUGCCCUGAAGUUUGAGUUCUGCAGCUCAUCGCAUGCCAGACGAUUAAUGAAAUAAUCCUGAAUACCUGUAAGAACGUGUAUUUUAUUCCUACAACUGCUACAACUGGUCAUGGUUAGCUAUUUGCAACUUGUGAAGCUUGUGAACAUAUUAGCAAACACAGUUAAUAAUGGCAGCUGGGUUUUAUUGUUGUCAUCAAUCAAUACACAUCUUAAUACAUUACGUUGUCAAUAAAUUACCUUCAUCGGUAAGUUUUGGCCAGUGCCUGACAUCAUCUACCCAAUUGUUCAUGUUGUUUCCACCUGUCACUACGAAAAUUACACGAGCAGGAUGCUUUUCACUGAAAAACCGUUAGAGGGCAGCGGCAAGUAACAUUCCAGCAACGCAGCAAUGGCGACAGGCAAAGAUGGCGGCCCCCGUAGAUUUCGCGGCGGAUUAGUGUAUAGAGGGCGCUGGGGCGCCGCCCUCCCGCCGA